AUGCAGCAACAGCAGCAACAGCAACAACCUUCACCUUCGACUGAUUCAACAAACGAGGUCGACGAUUCGCUCAUUGCUGCUUUACUCGUCGUUGGCUUUCAUCAUGCCUAUGGUCCAAUUGUGGAAUUCUGCGUACCGCCUUUACCGCAAUACAAUCAUGAGGGAAGCAGCCAGCAGGAUUCACUUCAAAAGCUUGAAUUGCCAGAGGAAUGGAGCUUUUUGCCUUUCCUUGCGUUACCUGACGGGGCACACCAAAAGGACGAGGAUUUUGCCUAUUUCCAUUUACCACCUGUUCCCGGAUGGCCUGUUGCUUCGUCAACGUUGUUUGGUAUUUCAUGCAAUCGACAAAUAGCCACCAAAGAUUUACAAGUCAAGACCCCGGAUAUGACCCGAUCAAUUGUUCAAAAGGCAGUGGUUGUAUUGGCACGUCAGCCUAUUUUUGGCCCAUUACGACAAAAGUUGGCAGUCAUUACAUCGGCAUGGUUUAAUCAACGAGAUUUUACGCAACUUGGGAUCUUACACAACCUGUACAACAACUUGAAAAUGACAUACCGUGGACGGAUAGAUGAUUCUACGUUAUACAUGGGGACAUCGUUACGAGAACUGGUUCACAAGUUUAAAAGCAAGACACUCGUAUUACUGAAAUUGUUACUGCUGGAAAAGAGGAUGCUCUUUUAUGGCUACCCGGUGGAAUGCUUGUGCACGUUUGAAUAUUCUUUGAUAUCAUUAGUACCUGGGUUGUUAAGGUCAUUGCAGGAUUCAGGGGAACCCGAUCUUGAUACCACAUCACAAUUUCUACGAACAACGGAGCCCAAAGAAUUGAGCAAUGGUGACAAGGAGAGCCUUUUACGAUUUAUGGGAUUACCAUUGAGGCUUUUUGAAAAGGGAUCCUUUUUUCAGCCUUAUCUUCCAUUGCAGCAGAUUGAUAUCCUCUCAUCUGAAAAGACACAUGCAUACGUGGUUGGCACGACAAAUCAGAUAUUCUUCCACCAGAAAAGCGACGCCCAUAUCGAUGUUCUUGUCAAUGUCGAAUCAGGCACUAUAGAAUUUUACAAUCACAAGCUCGAGAACCUUGUAAACCCUACAUUGGCAGAUCGCAGGUGGAUGGAAAAGAUCGUUCGCGUUGUAAACGAUACAUGGGACGAUAAAGAUCCAAGCAGGCCGGUACAAAACACGUAUCUUGGAUCGGACGAUUAUCUAAGGGCGCGAUUUGAAGAGUAUAUUCUAUCGCUCUUAUCCAGCAUGAAGCACGCUCAGGACGCCAAUUUAAUACCGAAUAUGGAAAAUGGGGAAGACGCAUCUCACGAAGAAGUGAUGCCUGAUGAUGACAGCCAACGCAACUACUUGGUUGAUUAUAGCACGCGAUGGCUGAUGGCAUGGCGCGAGACCAACAACUUUGCUUUAUGGAACAAAUAUACUGAUCAUGAGAUAUACGAGAUUGUGGAACCAGGGCAUCCUGGCAUGGGCAACAUUUCAAUCGUCGAUAUUCAAAACACCUUAUCAAAUCGUUUCCGAGAAUUGCAAUUGAAACAAAACUUGGCACCUUUACGACAAACGUUAUCCCGUGCGAUGUCAGGUGGUGCAAAAGCGUUUUCAUCUGGAAGGUCAAAGCUGUUCAAGGGCAUGGAUAACUUUUGGAAUGAAUUUGAGCGAGGUAUCCAAGAUGGUGACUCUCCCAGGCGUUCUUCAGCUGACACAGCCGAGUUUACUACCAAUGACGGCCAAAGUCAACGAUCCAUGGCUGAAAGUCGAAGGUGGUCAUCCUUUAUGGAAAGCCCAUCACAGCAACAACAACAACAACAACAACAACACGCUGAAACCGCAGGACAACAAGCGGGUCGUUUAUUUUCCAACUUUUCAUCGUUCUUGAACCGAAAGCAACGUGAGAUAUCUCAAGCUAUGGAAGCUUCCAAUUCUCAGUCUGAUAACAAUACCACGCAUAGCCGACCAACAACAACGGGUGGACCAGCUUCUUCAGGGCAUACGAGUGAUGACGAUAGCUCGGCUUUUGUUGAUGUAGGCGCCAUGUUUCCCUCAUCUCGUGCUGUGGUCAAGGCUGGCAAUGAAUCAGAUAACAAAAGGCAUCAAGGAACGGCAUGA